AUGAUGAGAAGAGAGAGGCGCCAGGCAGAAAGGGAGGCGGAGAAAGAAAGAAGAGAGUAUGAAAGGCAAAAGUCCCAGGAAGAAGAGUGUUUGAUUCGAGAAGAUGAGAGACUUAGAAAACUCAGAGCUGAGAACACUGAACAAUUUGCUGCAAGAGAGUCGGAAAGACGGCAGGUGAGUAACAAUGAGACUUGAGGGCCCAAAUUUCUGAGGGAAAGUGAAGAUAUGGCUGAUUAUUUGCGGAUUUUUGAAAUGAUUGCAAGGGCACAAUCCCUACCUGAGGGGGACUGGGUUGGUAACUUAGUACCCAAGCUUACUGAAAAGGCUAAGUCAAUCUGUUUGCAACUGCUUCCCAAAUAUCAGCUGCUACCACUACUAGUAGUACUUCUAUUACUACUUACUUAGAAAUUCCUGACCCUGCCUGCCAAGGUUAUUUCAAAAGUACGGCCGUUAUCAUCAAAGCUUACCAGUUAACUGCUGAUCAUUAUAGAUAUAGGUUUCGAACUUCGGACAAAAAACCCGAUGAGGAUUUUGUUCAGUGGGGAAACAGGACCCGUAGGUGCCUCAAUCGUUGGAUGGCCGUUGCCGAGGCCACAGGGGAUGCAGAAAAGAUCAUCGAACAAAUAAUGAUGGAGCGACUCCUCGAUGCAGUAGGCCCUAAACUUAGAGCUUGGUUAAAGGAACAGGAGCCAAAGACUGUUGAGGAACUUGGUAAUCUCGCCAGUUUAUAUGUUCAGUCCAGAAAAGGACAACUUGUUGGGGGUAAGUAUGUGACAUACUGAGGUGGGGGAAAAUCUGGGAAAAAGGAAAGGUUUGGAGGUAAGGCAGAUGAUUCUUUGCCCGAAGAAACAAAAUCAAAAUCAAGAAAAGCCUUCAAAGCCCUCGCCCUCCCCCGAACAAAAGACUACAAAACCUGAAAUUAAGUGCUACAAAUGUGGUAAACCGGGACACAGGUCGUUUAACUGUGGUAAGGGUCGUGGGAAGCCCUCACAGGGGUACCUGUUGUACAUGACACCUCUAACGACAGAACAAUCUGAGUUUCCUCCCUGCAAUGUUGAAGGUAAAACAAAUGGAAAGUUUGCAGAAAUGGUCGUUGAUUCUUGGUGUACUAGUACUCUAAUUCACAGCAAAUUUGUAAAGAGCUCAGCCUUGACUGGUGAAAAAAUCACAGUAUUAACAGCUGCGGCAGAACGUCUUACAGUUCCCCUUGCAAAUGUUGAAUUUGAUAGCAAGGAAGGUAAACAUGUAGAAUUAGUUGGAGUUUUGGACAAGCUACCUGUAGAUUGUUUACUUGGCAGGUCCUCCUUUGGAAAGACGCUUUCGAGGCAAAAUAUUUUGGACCAAUGGAAGGAAAACGUUUCGGCAGCUGAUGCUAGUGGACAAGAGGCUUUCGUAGUGACUCGAAGACAGAGAGCAUUAGAAGAAGCCCAGUUGAGAGCAGAUGAGUUAAGUGACCGAGAAAGUUCAAUAGCAGUCAAAAGUUUAUCAAAAAAAGAGACGAAACGUGAGGGUGCAGAGGAAGGAGAUCUGCAAACUCUCUUUGAGGGAAAGAUACUGGAAGAGAAA